CGACUGGCAACCGCGUGUGUAACAUCGUUCCUUCCUUGUCCCUCUCUCUCUCUCUCUGUCUUUCUCUCUCUCUCUCUCGCUUUCUCGCCCCCCCUCUGCUCGUCGCACGUUGCGUCGUGCGAGUUUUUGAGUUACGUCGAGAGGCAAAGGCGGAGGGAUUGUUUGUCACCGCGGAGAUUUCGGUGCGCCGGCUGGGAGACCAGUUUCGCGGGAGGAGACGUGCGAUAAAGGUGAGAUAAGAGAUGACAGCCGAUAUCGUGUCGGUGACGAUACUCCACCGCCAGGUGCAUGGCCGUUGCGCGCCACCGGAGCGAUCUUGAGGCGAUCGGAUGUGCAGCGACGCGAAGGAUAACGAUUCGGGACACACUGUGCUCUCGCGCCGGCACAACUGCUGAUUCGCUGUUUGUCGAAUGCUCUGAUGAAGUCAUCACUCAACGGAGAACAUGAAGACCGAUUAUUUAUCGAUAAUCGCUAGGUUCUGUACGUUGCUGAUACUAUGUGGACCAGUCACGGAUGUCCAUUCGCUCGACAUACAAUCAUGCAACCAGUCCUUGGGAAUGGAGUCGGGUGACAUACCGGAUUCAGCUAUCAGCGCGUCCUCGUCGUAUGUGACGAACGUCGGGCCGCGAAAUGGCCGACUGCGGAAGGAGACCGCCGGCGGUGCUUGGUGUCCAAAAAGCCAAAUAGAGAAAGGGGUUCACGAGUGGCUUCAAGUUGACCUGCAGAGUGCUCACGUCAUUACUGGUGUGCAGACGCAGGGCCGUUACGAUCACGGCCGCGGUCAGGAAUACGUCGAAGAUUACACCGUAGAGUAUCGACGUCCCGGCUUCACUCGAUGGCGCCGAUAUAAGCGCUGGGACAACAAAGAGGUUUUAACCGGCAACAGCGACACCUCCACCGUUGUAUCGCACAAUUUGAUUCCACCUAUCUUCGCCAGUCAAAUCCGGAUCUUACCGCACUCGGAACACAGACGUACGGUUUGCCUUCGCAUCGAGCUCAAAGGAUGCCGAGACACGAGCGGCGUCAGGAGCUACACUAUACCAGAUGCUUCUCUACCGGAGUUUAGUGACAUCUCGUAUGACGGUAAAAAGCAGGACAACUUGCUGACCGAUGGCUUAGGUUGUCUAAUCGAUGGCGAGGUCGGCGCAGAUAAUUACAGACUGGACAUGGGAAAUGGAAAAGGCACGGGCUGGGUUGCUUGGCUUCGUGACACUUUCCAAGAGAACUUCGUGGAGCUCAUCUUCGAGUUUGAAGCCAUCAUGGUCUUCGAAGCGGUACACAUCUAUACCAACAAUUAUUUCUCGCGGGACGUUCAGGUAUUUUCGAAGGCGGAGAUAUGGUUCUGCACCGAGGGCGAGAUCUAUGAAGACGAGUUCUUGCCUUAUUCCUAUAUACCGGACGUCGUGCUGGAAAACGCUCGAAACGUUUCAAUCGGUCUGCACGGACGGCAAGGAAGACUUCUCAAAUUGCAUCUGUACUUCGCCGCACGAUGGAUCAUAAUCGGCGAAGUAACAUUCGACGCAACAAAUCCCUACGAAAACACUACGGAAGAAGCGGCGUCCGAGUUUAGCAACCGGGAGAUUCCAGUCAACCCCGAAGUGGAUCUCAACUUACAAACGAUUACAGCACCAGGAGAGGGCCAGGAAUAUCUCGAGGUACUGAUAGGGGUCCUCACUGCCAUUAUACUGCUGCUCUUGCUGGUCUUCUUCAUUAUCCUGUUUUUGAAUCGACGACAAAAGCUGCAGAGCUCUCCGACGGUGUUAAAAAAUCCAUUUGGCUUCGCCAUCAAUAUGAAGGGUCUUCUCUUAAACCUAACACCCGGUGGGAUGCUGGCGGCGGAAACCGCCAAUCAUGUCUCACCUGAUAUGCCGGAGGACGUCAGUAUGCACGAGUCACUUACGAUGGAGCAAUUUAAUUCGCCGCUCGUCAGUCCCCAAUACAAAUCCACGUACGCGAUCGUAGCCAAUUCCGAGUCCCCGAAGGAUUUUAAGAACAUAGAAGUUUCGGAAGAGAACGUACGGCUCGACGCGAGACCGGAAUCCGCGGUCGGUCCAUCCAGUUGCUCCUCGUCACCGACUAACUCGCCGGCUCGUCACUCCCAACAUUACAGAACCCUUCAAAGUUAUAGCAGUCCAACUAGGAAACUCAAUAUCGCGGUUACGCCCAAUCACCAAAGGGACGUCGAUCAGGUUCACUCGAAACGCUGGCAUACAGCGCCAAAGGAGAAGCACAAGAUACCAGCACCUAUCGUCAGUUGGAACAUCGCACCCAGCAUGAACAAGCCGUACAAGUGCAGGGAAAUAGAGCCAACCAAUAUACCACGUCAGUGCCUACGAACGACAGAGAAACUUGGCUCGAGGACUAUAGGAGAGGCUAUAAUAUGCGAGACCGUUGGUCUAGACGAGAUCGUAUCUGGCGCUCCCAGAUUAGUCGUUGCUCGUGUACCCCUGUGUACCAGCGAUAUCCGAAGUAACAACGCAGUAGACCAAAUGAGGGAAGUACAAUUUCUAUCGUGUUUAUCCGACCCGAAUGUGGCACGUAUCUUAGGGGUCUGCACGGUCGAGCCAGUGCCGUGGACGAUCAUCGAGUAUACAGAACUCGGUGAUCUCGCUCAUUACCUUCAAUACAGUGUACCGCUCACGGGAACGCUCAGGCCAAACUGCAAUCUAAAAGCUCUUAGUCAAAGUUGUCUGCUUUAUAUGGGGACGCAGAUAGCAUCGGGAAUGAGAUUUCUCGAAUCAAAGAAUCUGGUGCACAAGGACCUGGCGGCCAGGAAUUGUCUGGUAGGUCGUUCUUACACCGUGAAAGUGACCGAUAUAGCCAUGUGCAGCGAUCUUUACAAGAAAGACUACAGCGAUAUAGGAGGUAGACCACCCGCACCGAUCAGAUGGUUACCGUGGGAAAGUAUUCUGCUGGAUAGGUAUACAUGUUCGAGUAGCAUAUGGUCUUUUGCCGUGACACUCUGGGAGGUAAUGAGUCUGGCUAGGGAAAAGCCCUUUCAACAUCUGUCAAAUGAUCAAGUUAUUCAAAACGCCGAGCAUAUGUACUAUGGAGCGGAGCUACAAGUACUUUUACCGAGACCAACAAUGUGUCCGGAGGAGGUCUAUCGGGUGAUGUGCUCAUGUUGGAGAAGAGACGAAACCUCGCGACCAACCUUCAAGGACAUCUAUACGUUCCUGAAGAACGUAAUAGCGGACUAUCGACCUGGUGCAUAAAUAAUCUUGAUUAACUGUGAUACGGAAUGGACGGCAAGUCCCUCGGGAUCUGAACGACGUUGUCGGGAAUAUUCCGAGUAGGACGAAGCAUUAUAUGAGAUCGUACUCGCCCGGGCAUGACGCCUCGCGCGAAAUCAGAUUCUCCAGAAAUGUACAAUCGUUAGUUUUAGACAUACAUGUAUCGGAGGCGCUAGAUCCCGUGUCUCCUUGCGUAGAAAACUCGGGAAAUGGAAAACUCGUACGCUGAGUGCAAAACUCAGCGGCGAUCGUGAACGAUCUCCCGCAGACUUUAUCGCGCGUAAUCUGUUUUUCAGACAAGAGCAAUGGCGAUAAUCGACGUCUCGGAGCGAAUGCCAAACGAGCACGAGGAGAGAUGUAUAAUUGACGUAUAAGUGUUAGGUUUGUUUUCUUCAGAUAAUCAAGAUCGAUAAUUUCACUCUUCUUCAACUCGAGUGUAUAAUCGCGUCACUUUUGUCCGGACGUUUAACAAGAUUUCAUUUUCUAGUCAAUACGAAUCUUUAAUUCUCACGAAAGUGCUAUCGUGUACAGUAUUCUAAUAUUAAUAACAUGUAAUGUAUGCUACUAUGCUCAGUAUUGAUAAAGUCUAUCCAUUUGUACAUACAAAUUUAGGUCUUAACGCCAGGUAAAUGGGAAGUUUUACGGCAGUAAGUCACGACGGCUACUUUUUUUUCUUUUAUUAAUACUUUAAAUUAUUACGUUUAACUCUUCUACAUGCCCGACGAUGCGAAAGCGCCGCCAAUAAAGUUAUUUUUCAUUUUAAGUUUUAACAAAAUUAAUUAAGUUGUCUUAAAUGUAAAAAAAUCUGUGAAAACAAGGUCGGGCAAUAUUUGAAAAGAAGUUAGAUGUUCAAUCGAUUAAAUACAUACAAGUAUGAUGUAAUUUUAUUAGCUUACCGUCUUGCUACGCCCUAAAAAUUUCAACUUAGUCAACUUGUACAUUCGAAGCCCAUCAGUAGUAAGUACUUAUUAUUCUAUCGUUCGUUUAAGUUGGAACUGUACUACGCUAAGAGGUGUAGAUUUCAAGUAUGUUCUUCCCAAGGACGUAAUAUGAACACAUAUCUUCGCCCGUUUUUAUUUAAGAACAGACAAUGAUGCUAAAAACAUCUAGCAAUGAGUAUCAUGCUUUGGACGGAAUUAAUAAAAAUUUAAACAACGCCAUGUAUUUGUUGGAAUUUCAAAUUACGGACGCUUGAGCGUGUCGAUAGCAAUACAAAAUAAAAAUGUUAAUAAAGAGAUAAACAAUAAUGAUAUAAUAA